UCCGGUAUUUCCACCAAAACUGACAAAACAACACCGUUAACUCCAGAAGAGAAAUCGGAAAUCAUAUGCCAGGAUGACAGGGUUAUCAUGGUUAUAGCUCAAACUACAAUAGUUUAGUCACUUGUCAAGCAGAGCACCGUCCUAUAUACCUACCGCAUACGCUGACUUAUCUUCUAUCUGGUAUUUAACAAACGCCAAUAUACACCAUUAUUGAAAGAAGGCCUUCACCAACUUAAUACGAUUUUGGCACAUUGAAUGAUUAGCGCAUCGGGAGUGGCGGAGUAUAUUUGCAUUGUGACUUUGACAAUUGUUAUGAACAAAGAGUGAACUUUUAGCCGUUUUGCGUCCAUAUACUGAAUUUCUACAAGAUAAUUGAUUCUAUUGUCGACACCGAACUUGCAGCGAACAUGACAACAUCGGCCGAUUCGUUGAUGUGGUCAGGCAGACUCACGACCACGGCUUCGACGUCGUCUUCGGACUCGGAUACGGGAUCGUUCGCCAAUCAGUCGCUGCUGUCGGGGGAAGAUUACCUGACCCAGGGAGACGUUUCGGAUCCCUGCCUCAAUCAAGGGACUCAGCUUCGGGAUGAGAUACGAUGCAGUAUCAUACAGAAAAGGAUACAGAAGGGCCUAGGGGGUAUUCGGCUGGAUUGGAAGGCAAAUGGACAAGAAUCGCUUUCGAAAGAGGAAGAGGCCAAGCGGAGACAACGUCGAGAAAGAAAUCGAGUUGCUGCUUCGAGGUGCAGAGAGAGGAGAAGAGAGAGAACUUUUGUCUUGGUUGAGGAGACCGACCAACUGGAGAGUAGCAAGCAAGACCUCCUGGACGAGAUCGACCAACUUGAAGAACAAAAAUCCCAACUCCUCGCUGUUCUCACCGAGCACGAUCACAGUGGGCAAUGUCAUAGACAUGCACAGGCCGAGGAACUCCACAUUGACCCCUGACGUCUUCCACAUUGAUCCCAUGACGUCAUCCAGAACAUCGUUGUGGAGACAUUUGAACUUUUUAUCGACGUCGUCACAUGAGAGAGGAUGGCGAUUUAUAUCGAAGUUGAUCGAAAUACGACAGAAACGACGAAGAACCUGACUCCAUGAUGAUUGCUCGAGAUCACUGUGACUAUUCUUACUUGUAAUUAUGAUCAUAGGCGUAGGGGGUGGGGUGGCUAGGGUGCUGCAUCC